AUGGUAGGUGAUGGGAUAGACAGAAAUAUAUACCCAUCAGACAAAUAUGAUCCUGUCACAUUCUCCACUGACCAAGGGGGUGCUGCCUCCUCCUCCAUGCCCGACUACAAGAGAUACCAACAAGAGAGCUUCUAUGAAGUUCAGACGUCACUAACACUGGAGGAGGCCCGAUACUCAGAAAUGAGCAAAAAGAUCGCGUGAUUGGGUCGAAUUUCAAUUCUCUUUAUAUACAUGUUCCUUGAUAGAGCUUUCGAUUUGAUCUUUGUUGUCGUUAAUUGCCCUUGCAACCAGUUGCAAUCUUCGAAGAAAAAAAUGGCAGGUGUUGGGCUGGACACAAAAAUAUACCCAUCAGAUAAAUAUGAUCAAGUGACCUUCUCCACUGAUCAAGGGGGAGCUGCAUCCUCUUCCAUGCCCGGCUACAAAGGAUACCAACAGAAGAGUUUUUAUGAUGAUCAGAGUCCGGAGUGGGGUCGAAUUCAGUGGCAUUCGAUGGAACUGAACCAGGAUUUUGAAUUUCAAAAGAGGAAACGAGAACAUAUAACAUUUGUAAAGCAGCAUUUCCGACAAAUAGAAUGCAGUAAAUUUGUGCCAAAACCAAACCAAACCUCAGUCAAGAAAAUAAGGGACUUAAAGUGCCAUUGUGGAGAGAUUCUGACAGAGCAUGCUGGGCUUUCUAAUGCACAACCAAUGAAUAACGUCCAGAGAGAUAUUGUGGAGGCCUAUCUUAUUCCAGACACUAAUUUGCGAAGCAUCAUAAAUCGAGAAACACUUUUCAAAGCCCCACCAAGCAAUAUGCCUGUAGUUCCGUGGAGCAAAGAGGAAGCUUUUCGGGAGAAUAUUUGUACAACGUUUGGGAAAAUAAGUUUUAUAAACAAUGAUAACCAGUUAGGGGGAUAUAAACCUGCAAAGUAUGUUCGACUGAGUCAUAAGGAUUCCGUAGACAAAUGCCUGGAGCUGAUGGAGAAGCACUGGAAGAUAAUGGAGCCUAAGCCGCCCAGUCUGUGUAUCUCAGUGAUAGGAGGGGCAAAAAGCUUCAAACUGGACAACAAAAUGAGGGAAACCUUCAACACAGGUCUUAUCAAGGCUGCGAAGACAACUAACGCGUGGCUGAUCACGACGGGGUCCAAUGUGGGGGUGAUGAAGGCGGUGGGUAACGCCAUCAGUGAGGGUCAGUCCUUCCUGUGGGACAACGACAGAAUCACCCACACACUGCGUCUGAUCGGAAUCGGGCCCUGGGGGUACGUCAAGGACAGAAAGUACCUAGAGAGUGACGGCAAUGGUCAUUUUCCGGUGCAUUUUAAGACCAGUAAUGUCAUUAUUCACGGUAAACCUGUCCCCCUGAAUCCUAACCACACCCACUUUGUGUUUGUGGAUGACGGGUUCAGGAACACGUACACUGGGGCCUCGGAGUUCAGGGCUCAGUUUGAACAGAAAGUUUCCAAACCUAAAGAAGCUGGAGGUUUAGGCAUUCCCCUCGUCUUGGUGAUCUUAGAGGGAGGGACGGAUGCCAUUCAUGAUGCCAUGGUGACCCUAGAACACAAAAUUCCCGUCGUCGUCUGCUCGGGAACGGGGCGAGCGGCGGACAUAUUGGCUUAUGCCUACUCUAAAACUCGCAGCAAUAAGGGAGAACUGAAUCCCAAACAUGAAGGAAAGUUGAAGGAGAAAAUAUUAGAUGCUUAUGGAGAGAGAUGGAAGGAAAAGGAUAUUGAGGAAAAUCUAAAGGAAAAUAUGAAAAAUGUGACGAAAUGCAUGGAGCAUAGAGAAUUGAUCAACAUUUUUCCGAUGAACAAACAUGAGGAUUUGGACAUUGCCAUUCUGACUGCUUUACUGAACUCUAAAGCCGGAGACACAUCAGACGAGAUUCGACAGAACCAACUUAAGCUGGCCUUGACCUGGGACAGGGCUGACAUAGCUCAGGAGGAAAUCUUCAGGGAGGACAUCCUGUGGCCCACUGGGAGUCUGGAUGACGUGUUAAUGGAGGCUAUUAUAGAGGAGAGAGUGGAGUUCAUGACCCUGAUUUUACAGCAGAACGUGGUGAUGAAGGAGUUCCUGACCACGGAGAGGCUCCAGAGACUCUACGAAAUGUCUCUAGCAAGAACAGACAGCAUUCAUCUCCGGAAGCUGAUGGAUCGUAAGAUAAACACGAGAAUAUUUACUUACGACAGUCUGGCCCGGCUCAUGGAGUCGCUGAUGGAUAAAUACGACCACAACAUAGAGGAAGACAACGUAGAAGAUACUAAUGGAGUCAAGUUUACACCGGUCAAGACGGCCGGCCAGAGACAGUUUAAAUGGCCGUAUAAACAGCUGAUGAUUUGGUCCAUUCUUAUGUUAAGACAAAAAUUGGCCAAGUUUGCGUGGCAGAUGGGGAGUGAACCGGUGACAAGCGCGGUGGCGGCCUCCAGGAUUUACGGCAGUAUGGCGGAACACAUCCACAGCAACGAGUCAGCACUUAAGGAAAAAAUCCUAGAGUACAAAGAUGAAUUUGAACACAUAGCUAAGAGCGUCCUUGACGAGUGCCAUUUAAAAGAUCAAGAAAAAGCCAUGAUGUUGGCCGAGAGGAAAUCGCCGACGUGGAGUUCAAUGACGAGUCUACAGAUCGCGGCUUCAGCCGUUAACAGGGCAUUCCUUUCCUCAGUGGCAUGUAAAAAUUCUAUAGAUAACACGUGGAACCGAGGCAUUCAAGUCCAACCUUACCAGGUAAACACGAAUUCUGAUCAUGACAACUCAUUUUUUUUUUGUAUAUUUGAAGGUUUAUCUAUCUUCCGUGGCAUGUCAAAAUUCAAUCGACGCCACGUGGCGACGUGGAAUCCCGUACGAAACAGUCCGGGCGGCUUAGACACGACUCAGGCACGGAUUCCGUCUCCAGAAACCCAUGCUUUAGCAUUCCGUGCUCCUAUGUAA